AUGGCUUCGACAACUCACAAAGAAACACCAGAAAUGUCGAAAUAUGUCGUAUGGCCCCCUAUCAUCAAGCAUGUUGUCCCACUGGGUUAUUUAUACGAUGAGAGCGGGAAUUCCUAUCCUAGAACGGGAGGUAGAUCGAGUGCAUUGCCAAACGGACAUGUGCUAUUCCAAUUCAACAACACAUUCUGCCACAAUGCAGCCGGUCAAUUUUUAGGAAGAACCGAUUCUACACUCUCCUUUCUCACCAAUCCCACAAACCCGGUCAUGUCGAGAUACCUGGCGCCACCAGGAUCAAUCAAUGUUGAAAUCACCGAGAGACAAAUCCCAAGCUUGUUCAAGCGCUUCGAGGAUGAACUUGACAAGAAAAACGAUAAUAAGGUGUUCUGGGCUACCGGUGGAAUUGCAUGGUACCUUAUUACCGGUGCAGCAGCAUAUGGAUGGACAUUCUUCGAAUACAGAGGUAUCAGAAAGGAUGGAUCGACCUUUCUUGUAGCAGUCGGUAUAGCUUCCGUAGAGGUUAAUUACCGGACCAAUCCAACAACUAUUGUAGCGAAGCGUGAGAUGGCUGGCUGGAGCGAGCGCAUCUUAUUUUACCCCAGUGAACCUCGACUUGGAACUUUCUCUGUUCUCUCUGAUGGAAAAUAUUUAUACGCCUACGGACAUAAAGGUGGCGAUCACAAUGGAGAUUAUGACGUGAGCUUGUUGGGAGUACUGGGGGGUGGAAGAGGUUGGGUCAAAAAUCACUUCUUCUCCUGGCCAGUUCUCAAGAAUUAUCAACAUGGGCAAAUAUUCGACACAAAAUUGUUCGGGGAGGCUUCACCAUACAGGUUUGGUUUCGUCGGUUGCACUCGUACAGGAGAUAGCAAGUUAAUGUUCGGAAGAGCUAUUAAUCCUUGGGGCCCAUUCGAAAUUGUCGAACUGAUGAAAGCAUACCCUUUGGGCCAUAUACAAAAGUUUGCAUACACAGCCCAUAUGUUUGCUCACCCCUGGGCAUUUCCUGGGAACAAGGGAGAUCUCAUGGUCACUUGGAGUGAAGGAGGGUCGGCAGGAAAUAUAGUCGCAGUAAAGAUCCGCUUCGAACAGGGCAUCGGUCGCUUACAACCUAAGGAGCUGAGAGUUGUCCAACGCAUCGAGGAACAAUCAGACAGUAACAAUAUCGCAUUAUCGGAACUGCAACUCCACGAUGAGUUGUAUAGCUUUGAACGGUACGAAAAGGACGGUGAGCAAAAAGCUGUGAUCGCCACACCCGAGAAGAAGAAUGUAUUUGAGAAGGCUGCUGCGGCAUUUGGUAAACUAUGUAAUAAGAGUGCUGACUAG